AUGGUAUUGAGAUUUCUUCAAACCAUACCAAGUCUUGGCGGUAUUUACCAUACCAAUACCAACUCAUACCAGACCAUUCUGAUCACUGGCUUCAGCAGUCUCAAAAUUUUCGAAUCGUCCCCAGAGUUUCUAGAUGUCCCUGAUAUCGAGCGUCCCAAGAACGCACAGGGAGAUGAAGAUGCUUUGGUAGCGUACACAAUCAUGGUGAACGAUCUCAACCAGAUUAGGUCCUACAUCGGAUGGAUUUGGUCCAAUUACCGAGAUGGAUGUUUCGAUCUCGCCAACGAUGCUGUUGCCACGAAUACUGGGAUCGAUCUGGCACGCAAUCUUAUUGAGCAAGUCCUCUCAAUUUUUAAAGAUCAUGGUGGUACCAGUACUAUGCUGGGGAAGUUUUCUUUUAUCUGUCGUAGACGAGAUAGAUUUUCACAGGAUGAUAUUCUUUCAUGGGGCCCAGCCGGUAAAAAUGAAAAUAUUUAUGAGGUCGCGGACAAAACCUACCUGAAUGCCAGCAUUUUUGGAACGUACGAUCCCCAGAGUGAUCGAACGUCCAAGAAAGGUCGAGCCGAAUUCAAAGAGGAUCAGAUCAUCCUAUCCGAGUUCUUCACCGAGGCCGCCACGCUCGCUCGUCUUGUUCCUAACUACCCAGUUGAAGACAACUUCAUUCGAGGAAUCCGAGAGUUGGAUGCCACUGGAAACGUACCUUUCCACCUUGUCUACGCCGACCAAAUCCUCUUGGACGUUCAUCACAUCAUCAGAGAUCACGCAUCCAGUGCAUUAGACAGUCUGCUCAAACACACGAUUGCGAUGGCUUGCGAGCUGAGUAGCCAUAUCGAGUUUCAUGAGAACUUGAGAAUUAAAAACUGA